AUGUCGGUAGCUGACAUGCCCUUCAGCUUAGAGCAUGAAGUAUUGGGAGCACCGUUCUUGUUCGAGGACCCAGCAAACCAGUUCCUACGUCUCAAAAGACAUGUGUAUUUGCCAGAUUACUGGGAAUCAGAUCACAGUGCGAAUGGGUGGGGAACUGCCCUGGCUGAUCAGGCUCGUGAAGCAUGGACUUCUUUGAAAACAUCUGCACAUCACUACUUGAACAUGAAUACAUUCACCUUUCAUGUGCCUUCUUCCCAGUAAAUGUGUUUUACCAGUCAAAGUAAAAGGCAACGAUGGUAGGAGUUAGCACAAUGAAAGGACGAACCAUGGGUUUUGGAGAAACAGGGGCAGAUCCAUAA